AUGACUGCUUUAAUAGAGCAGAACAAAACAAAGGACAGAGAGAGAGGGGAGGUGAGAGGUGAAAAGAAAAACGAUGUAAAGCAGUUGUGGAAGAGGAAAAAGGGAAGCGGCAAUUUAAGACGGCGGGUGACUAGAAAAAAGUACUUUGCUAAUCAUGACGCUCUAUAUGUCGUUGCAGGUACCCGCAAGGUUAAUUGUAAAAGUGCAGGACUAAUUCCUAUAAAAUUCCGCCCUUACAAGGAGUAUGCACUCGCUACUAUGCCUUGA